GGUAAGGUUUUUGUACUUUGGGAUGUUGGGAUGGCGGAGGUGUUAAACAGCUUUGUAUGCUUGCCCUUUUGACACCAUUCCAUUAACCUGGUGUGCACAUGACAGGUAAAUGAAGGUUGGUGCAGUGUUUAAAACUUAUUUUAAAAGGAUACAACACUGACAAAUCAGUAUAUAAAAAAGGGAAGAAAAAAACAUAGCAUAGCAGCCAUUCACAAGCCAUUUUGCAAGAGCAGCAGCCUAUAGUGGUUUGUUUAAAAAAAAGCCAACAUUCAAUAAUGUCAUUUUAUACCUCAUUUAUCUUAGUAUUUUUGUUUUCAAAGCCAAAAAGGCUGAUGAAGUUUUUCAAACGAAACUCAGUCCAGAGGCAUGGCUAAGACUCUUUGGAAGCGGCUUGCCAUUAAGCAAGAAAAACAACUACAACAACUCUCUAUCCUUUCAGAGUUUAAGGUGCUCCAUUGUUUUUCAUAGACACCAAAAACGACUGUAGCCACUGCUCCAUCCACUCGUCCACCCCCACCCCACCGGAGCGUAUUGCAGCUUUAAACAGUCCACAAUGCUUUGCGGUGUCCCACUUCCAGCGCUAUGUAUUUACCAGCAGGACUAAUGAAACUGGGAGAGGGGCAAUUUCCGCAGCCCAUUGGUGAGACCGCAAGAGACUAGCGCACAAAGAGGAAGGACGCAAACUUCGCACUGAGGAGCAAAGCGUAAACAGUGCGUCUUCUCAGUCGUACGUCCCGAGCUUCUUUUUUUGCUCAUGCAGCCGAGCGCUUUACUUUGUCGCAGUUGGUUAUAAGUGAUUUACUGGGUGAUGAUUAAAAAAGGGACGCAUCUUUGCAGAAGUGGCGUCUGUUUCUGUAGUUUUCCUCUAAACUCCAGUUUGGGUACACAACACUGAUCCUGUCUGCACGUCAAAGUGAAACAGUCAGAGGGGUUUUGACUGCUCUGCACCGCUAAAGUCUCCAAUAAUGUUAGAGUCCACACACCACAGCUGGCUCCAUCACUUCUGACCCAACAUGGAGCUAAAGGUCUGGGUGGAUGGCGUCCAGAGGGUAGUCUGUGGAGUCACCGAGGCAACCACCUGCCAGGAAGUAGUGAUUGCACUGGCCCAGGCCAUAGGCCGCACUGGCCGGUAUACGCUGGUAGAGAAAUGGCAAGACACGGAGCGCCACCUAGGCCCUCAUGAGAGCCCAGUGGCUUCUUUGAACACCUGGGGCCAGUAUGCAGGUGACGUCCAGUUGAUCUUGCAUCGCACAGGACCCUCUCUGACUGAACGACCCCCAUCCGAAGGACCCGCUUUUCGAGGCCCUGCACGUGGGCUGCACCGACAGAGCCUCCCUCCCCUUGCGAAGCUUCGUCAUCCCAAUGAUCGCUCUCUCCGCCGCCGUGAACCACGCCGAAAGUCCCUCACAUUCGCCGGUGCACCUAGAGGUCUUCGCGAUAUACUGACUGGGGGGAGGGCUGGGGAGGCGGAGGCUAGACAGAGACUUUUUCUAGAAAAUGGUGGAAAUCACCACUAUGGAGGACCAGCAAUUGGAAGGGCGUCUCCUUCCUUGUGGGCAUGUCGUAUGGAUGAUCUGGUCAGACUGGUGGGAGUACAAAGAGAGACUCUAAACGUGCUGGAGAAAAAGCUUGAGGUUUAUGAAGAUGAGUUACAGGCUUGGGCCGAGGGCAGAGGGGGUCGUGGUGCAGAGUGUGUCGGGGACCUGGGUGCGAAAGGAGGACUGAUGGAGGAAAUCCUGAGGCUGGAGAAGCACUUGAGGAAGAAUGAGGUGGAGAUGGAGGAGGAGGAGUUUUGGGUCACUGAGCUGCAGAUCGAACUCGAAAGUGAGAGACAAUUGGAAGAAAGACUGCAGGAGCUAAGAAGUCGCCUGAAGGGCUGUGAAGUUGAGAUUGAAGAGAGGCUGGCAAUGGUACAGGGCGUGGAGGCAGGAUUGGAAGAGGAGCGGCUCCAGAGGGAGCGACAGGAGACGCAGUGGGUCACUGAGGCGGAGGCUGGCGCUCAGGUCCUAAAGGUAAAAGCAGAGCUGAAAGUCCAGGAAAGACAUGCCGUCCAGCUGGAGACGAGCUGCAGAGCAGUGAACAGGUCGCUUGGACAAAGCACCAAAAAACUGCAUGACAUGCAACAGGAGCUGGAGCAACUGACCAAGGAGCUACGGCAAGUGAACCUGCAGCAGUUCAUCAAGCAGACAGGCACCAAAGUCACAGUGCUGCCCGCUGAGCCCGCUGAGGAGGAAAACAGCCACAAGACUCAUGUUCCCCUCACUGGAUCACUGAAGCGGCCCGUGUCGUCCCAGACAAUGUCCAGUCACCUGCGUGUCCUUCACAGUCCUAUCAGCUCGGAUCUGAAUCCAGAGGGGAUCUAUGUUUGAGACGGCCCUGUUCGACAGGGUGCUUAUAUUUUGCCUCUGUCCCUGAGCCCAUGUCACUUCUGAACCUUCACACACACGUGGAAACAGUUGAACAGGAUACCUCAGUAGCACACUACUACGUACUGUCGUCUCAGUCACUUGGUAGCAGCCUUGCGUGUGAAACCUCACACAGUGAAAUAAUGAUGUCAAAGUUGCAAUGCAAGUAAGUGAGCACUUUGUGGGAAUGACAUCAUUGCCACAGAUGAUAAUGGUCACACUCAGUGCACUGAAACACGUCAGGACUUUCUAAUAAUCAGGCUUUUGUGAAGUGCGUUAAAUGACAUAUCCAUGUGAAGUACUUUUACCCACAAGUACCUGCUGAAUGGUUUGUAAUGUCACAAACAUCAUUAUUUGAAACCUUUGCCUUCUUGAACAAUAUAUUUGAAAAGUCUUUAUGUGAAUCUAUGAACUUUAUGUUCUCGUACGCCUAUGUGUUUUAUUUUUUUGCAGUAGUUACACAAGAGGCUGACGUAAUGGAUGGUUCUAAUGUAUGUAAUGAGAAAUCCUGGGCGUAUCUGUUGAAAACACUAUCUAUUGCAUUAAUCGAUUUGCAUUUUAGAGUUCCUCCUUGUUUCUCUGACUGUACCUCUGUAUGUUACAAAUAUGCACAACUUGCUGGUUUUGUUACUUAAGAAUGUUACUGUGUAUAUGUACCAGAAUUAUUGUAAAUGUUUUUUUUUUCUACCUUGCUUAUCUUUAUUUAGCAAACUAUUAUGUUUUAUUACAUGGUGGUGCAUUUAGGUAAAUGAAGCGCUCCAAGUACAGCAGAAACAUUUGCAUAAUGAACGAAUGUUACUGAUCGUCGUGUUGGAAAAUGUACACAGAUUAUAUUUGCCAAAUGUAGUGUGCUUGUUCUCCCCUAAGCAUUAGUGGCCAAAGAUUUCCGAGUCUUGUUGCAUGGUUGUGAUGCCAAUAUAGCCAUAUGAGGAUGUGCCGUGCGAAGUACUAGGUUCUUUUGUAUCUUGAAAUGGUGGCAUGCACUAAGACAUUGGGUCGCUCCAGCUUCAGUGUGCCUGAGUCUGUGAUCAAACAGUUGUGUGUCUGUGCAGUCGGAAUAGCCAAGAUUAGGGAACGUUCCUGUAGGUUGUAGUCAAGCUUCUCAUCACAUAAAAGUGCCUUAUUCCUGAAUACAAGUGGCUCAAUGUAAGGCUGGUAAUGCACUUUGGUAACACUGACGGAUUUAUGGGUCAUAACAUGAAGCUAUUGAGAAUUUAAAGUUGUUUUCUUUUCUUUAUUUUAAUAUAGCUAUAAAAAGAUUAAAUAACCUAAAUUUUUUAUAAAACAAAAAUCAAUUUACUCCACGGAAAACUAUGAACCAGAAGUGCCAUGUUUAUGCAAAUCAGAAAUGAAGCACCAUCCACAUCUGACAUUGUUACCUUCAUUUCUUGUGAAUGACUUAUUGUAUCAUAGAACAGACUGUAGAGUCUGCAGAGACGUUAUUAGACCUUCAGUGAAAGGAAACAAGAGUGUGUCAAAAUUGAGCUCCAAUGCAGUUCAGGCGACCUCUGUAAAAAAGAAUGAUGGCUUGAUACAACUUUUUCAUGUCCAAUACCGAUACCGCAACUUUGUGUGUCUGCUGAUAUCGAUAUCUAUCAGCUACCGUCUUUUCUCCUUCAGCGUGACAUGGGCUGCCGUUGCUGAGGCGAUAGUUUCCCUGUUUAUGGUAUGUCGGGUAAAGUUAAGUUGAGAAGGCUACAAUUGUUCUUUUUGAUAUCCAAUCCUGAAAUUCUAACCUUUAUCGGACCGAUAUUGAUCGUGAGUAUUGGAUCAAGCCAUCCCUAGUAGAAACCAUAAAUAUUCACGGUCCGGCUCAAUAAAGAAAUCUAAAAAAUUAUUGUCUUGGUGUCUCCUACAAAAUGACACCACACUGUGAUACUGUUUGUAGCAUUUGUGAGAACAAUGUAUAGCUGUGUUUAAGAAAGACAUAGAUUAUACAGCAGUAAGUAAACAUGUGGUUUGAGUAGCCUUCAAAGGGUUUAGUUAGUUGUGAAUAUGAAACUGUAAAAGUCUCAUGGAUUUAUAUACUGUACUGUUACAAAAACAUAAGUUUCCACAUGAAGCUGUGUUUGAGCUCAGUGGCCAUCAAAACAAAAAUGUGUAUUUGUGUAGAUGUCAGGUCAAAAUGUGAGUCAACUAUUCACUUGUGUAUGAUUUGUUGCUCUUGGUAGCACAGAUCAACCUAGCACACAGUAGUAGACUACUCUUCUGAUUGGUAAAAACAACAGCUAUCUUUUGCUGUAAAUAAUAGUUGUUAUUGUAAUUGUUAUCAUAUGCAAGUUCAAUAUGGCCUCCUGGUGAUGAUCACAUCACAACUGGCCUUCUGGACAUACAUGUUUUAGACUUUUGAACUAUCAACAGAGUGUUAGUAGAUGUCAGUGGUGUAUUGUAGGGAUGGCUCCAUGUUCAUGUUCGAUACCGAUAUAUCGUAGAGUAUCUGCUAAUACCAAUAUCACUCCUAUACCUUGUUUUCUCCUCCACCAUCCUCUGGGUUACUAUGGCCCUGUUUACACCAGGUCAUGCAAAGUUAGGUUGAGCAUUUAGGCUUGGGUCUCGCAUCUGUAAUGACAUUUUCACUUUUGGACAUUGGGUACACCAGCUUAAGCAUGUCCCGAUGCUGCAGCAAACGUAAUAUUUGCAACAAUUCCGUUUGGAAUUUUAUAACGAAUAUAAAUAUUUUCAUGACACUUCAUGUUGGCAUUUCACUUACAUUUACACCACUACAAUCCGGCAGCAAUAUGUGAUUGAAAUCAGUUGAUCCAUAUUAAACACUGACCUAGAGAAAUGGCCGAGAGAAAAAAACAUUUGUUUUAAAUGUAAAAAUUAAGGCUACAUAUAAGGUCAUGUUCAGCUACGAUUCCUAACCCGCAAAAAUAAAAUAAACAAAAAGUUUUGUAGAAUGUCUGCCAAGAGAAUCAAAAUUACUUUGAGGCGAGCAAAAGUACAAAACAUUAUACAGUUGUCCAUUUACAUCUCCCAGGAAAAUCCCAAGAAUUAACAUUUAUUUUAAAGAUGGUUAAAUGUUUGUCAAAUGAAGUCUUACUGUUUAUGGAGCUGAAUACAACACGCUAAGAACGAAAGUUGAAAGUUAGUAGUUCAGCAUGUCUAAUCUGACCGUGUCCCACUAGCUGUUGAAAUAACUAUAACAAUUAAGUGUAAGCUAGACAGCAUUUGCAACGAUUGUUGUUGAUUUAGUUACAAUGACAUGAGUUGUUUGUUCAUAUCUCCCCACAAAGACAAGUAGCGUCCAAGCGUUACUUUCAUCUGUCUAUUUUAAGAAGCAGCAGCAACAACAGAGACAGUGUUUUUAAGUGCUGUAAAAAUUAUUUUGCAUCCAGUUCAUUCUGUGUCUUGUCUUGCGACAGAAAAUGUACAGUUUCUUGGAUUAGCAUAAUCAAGAGGGAUGUCUUACAACACAAACACAGCCUCCUGGUGUACUUAAUAAUUCCUAUCAGUAACUGUAAUCAACCAAAGAAAGUCUUGGUCGAAUGAAGCCGUGACAUUUCGACUCUUAAACACAAAAGGCAAGUCGAAUUUAAGAAAAAAUGCAUCUAUUUAACAAACCAGAACAAGACGAGUGCAGAAAGUGAUACUCUUGGGGGGGGAAAUCCUUAACAUCCAACAAACAAUGUAUGUGUCAAUUCUGGUAUGUUAAUAUACUCAAACCGGACGGGGCAAACUAACGCAGAAAAGUUAGCUUACCGUUUACAGGUGAUGUUCAGUGUUUGUAGUCGAGCUGUGAUAUGCGAGUUGGUAGCAAACUUUUCCAGUUAUCUAUUUCUGUAAAAUGCUGCCACGCUGUGGAUGUCUUUGACAUAGUAGACGAGACUGACUGUAAAUGCUCAAAAUAAACAAACAGAUAUUCAACAAAUUACGUUAGUAACACUUACCAGUACGUCAUUCAAAUCUGUCCGCGGGUUGGGCUGAUCCAAGAUAGUACAAAAAAGGGGGUGUUCUGAAGACAGACUAUUACCUCGACCAGUCCACUGGGAGAUUACAACCCUACUAUUAUGUUUAGGAUUUCCCUUAAAAACGGUGCAUUUCACUCCUGGGUAGAACUCUUACUGCACUUGCUGUUUACAACUGUAAAUGUUUCCGAAAUUCAAUGCUUAACCUUUUAUUUCUUGCCUUAAUAUACUGCAGUGUUGACAGAUGAUUGGCUGCGUCUGAAUGCAGCUGAUAUGACCUGGUUUGCAUGAUUCAAUAAACCAACCGAUUAAAUUGAAA